AUGCAGAAUACGAAGGAGCUUGAUCUCAGUUCCAUUAUAGACCUGACUGAAUUGUACGCGAAGGAGUGUGGCGCAUCCAAAUACGCGAAUGUGUAUCAGAACAAGACGAAGAUCCGCGACUAUCGCAUCGUAUGCAACUUGGCAAAGGGUGGAUUUGGAGAGGUCUUUGUGGCUGAAAAGGAUGGACGAAUCUACGCCGUGAAACGAGUGAGCAAGGACAUGUGCAAGAAGAAUCAGAACAGCACGUUCUUCAUGGUCGAGAAGGAAAUCAUGACACAAAGCACGUCUCCUUGGAUCGUAUGUGCCCACGAAUGCAUCCAGGAUGAAACCUACCUGUAUUUUGUAAUGGAUUUCAUCCCAGGUGGUGAUCUGCUUGGCUACCUGAGCAAAAUGGACGUGAUUGAAGAGGAGCAAAUCGCAUUCUACGCAGCUGAAAUUCUCCUGGCUCUCGAAGACCUCCACGCCCUCGGAUACGUCCACAGGGACCUGAAACCCGACAACGUCUUCAUCGGCAGAGACGGUCACAUUCUGCUUGGUGAUUUUGGAUCAGCCGCAAGGCUGAUCGAUGGAUUUGCUCAGUCACGAAUUCCAGUUGGUACGCCUGACUACAUGUGCAGGGACGUCCUGAUUGAAAACACGGCUGAAGGUGCCUCUUACACCGCAUCCAUCGACCUGUGGACACUUGGCAUUUUGAUCUACGAAAUGGCCACUGGUGAACCACCUUUCUACUCCCAAACGGUCUCAGAAACGUACAACCGAAUCACAGCCCUUGAUUUCAAGCCAAUUUCUGGAGCAGAGACACUCGUUGAUCUGAUCAGCAAACUGAUUUGCAAGGCAGAAGACCGUCUUACGGCAGAACAGAUCAAAUCCCAUCCAUUCUUCAAGGACACCGACUUCAGUCGAAUCAGAAGCACCAAGCCGCCUUUCAUUCCAACGGUCUCCUCUGAUUCCGACGUCUCCAACUUCAUCGUCGACGGAUUCAAAUUGGAGGAGUCCUCGAUCAAAGGCGGAUUCCGUGAUUUCGUUGGCUUCACCUACGAUCCAAAAUACGCCCGCAUUUUCGGAGAGUCCCUGAUUUCGAAAUUGGGGAAGCAGGUCGUCUACAGGGAGAAAUUCAGUGCAAGCAUCUCAGAGCGACUGAACUGUCUCACAGUCGACAUGAAGAAUCUCGAAGGAAUAAAGGACGAGAUUGCUGAGAACGAGAAGAAGCUGAUUGAGAAGGAGAAGGAGUUCGACCGAUUUGUUGAUACGAAAAUGAUGGAAAUUGAUGACCUGAAUAUCACGAUUGACGACCUGACGAAUGAGAAGGAGAAGAAACAAGGUGAUUUGAGUCGAAGUCAGGCUGAGUUGGAUAAAAUUGAGAACGAGCUGCUUCACAGACGCGAUGAUUCCAGGGUGAUUCUUGACGAACUGUCAAAAAAGAGAGUCGUGCUGGAUUCGAUCCAACGGAGUCUGAAGCAGAAGUCAGCUCAGAUGGAAAUGAAAGACUACAGCACAACCAGAACGGCCUUGGACGAUCUCAGAUCCACCCUGUCUCAGAUCGACGUUGCUGGGAACAUCGCCGCUGCCUCUGAAUUCAUCAGACGCCUUCUCUCAGAAAACAGUCUCCUCAUUUCCCAGCAAAGGAGGCACCAGGAGGAAACAGCCUCGGAAACCACCAAAUCCAUGGAACAGGAGCAGCAAAUGAAGAAGCAGCUCAGGGGGCUGAAGACGGAAAUGAAGGAGCAUCAGGCGCGAAUUGACCAGGAGGUGACAAUGCGCCUACACGCUGAAGAAGAAAACAGACGCCUCUGCUCCGACCUGAAGGCGCUAAGGGCGAAGUCGCAGACGAAGACGACCUACGCAUUGAAGAAUGCGAUGACAAACAAAACACUUCGCCUGACUGUCCACGGCAGCACCGUCACAGUCGAUGCCACUCCCCACGAUUCCAACCAAAUCUACGUCAGAGAAAUCAGAAAUGGCGAAUUCCACCACUUCCCCUACAAAAAGAGGGCCCUCUGCCUCGUGAUCCACUGCCUGAGAGACUACUCGGCCCACACCGCCUCCUCUUCCCCGUCUCGCUCUCCUGAUUCUGUUUCAACUGACAUCAAAAAAGAGGAGCAGAUUCUCGAUGGUCUCAGGGAACUGGAUCUGCUCAUCCGCGGUGACGCAAACAUCAAGGCGCAAAUCAGCGGAAGCACCAGACGCCUUGAAUCUCUCCAGAACGAGCUGCGAGCAGCUCGUUCUGCCUCGUCCUCGUCUCCCUCUUCGAAUGGCCACCUCAUCAAAUUCAACAACCACCGUUUCAGGGAGCACACGGUUGGAAAGGGCUCUCUCUGCGACCACUGCAAUGACGUCAUGUACGGCCUAGUGAACCAGGCGCACCACUGCUCUGACUGCCACUUCACAGUCCACAAGGCGUGUCACCUGCUUGGAGACGUGAGCUGUGAGUUGCAGCAGGCGAUCAACAAGGGCGUCUCACUGACAGUGGUAGCACGGAAUAUCGAAGAAAAGGAACAGCUACUGAAAAUGGGGUUGUAG